UAUAUGCACACAUUGUUGGGGAAUACCGACUAGCGAGGGCAAAGCCGAAAGCGGCAGAACAGAAAACUCAAACUAGAGAGGGAAGAGAGAGAAGGGCGUGAUUUAGGAAGAGAGGAAACGAGUCUUUUAGAACCACUCCACAUUUCCACAAGACGAGUGAAAAAGAGUUUUCCAGAAGAAGCUGAAAAUGGCCGGGAAAAACAGGAAAGGAGGUAAAGCUAGCGUUUCUGAAGGCGCUGGGAUCCAUAUCCGCCGAGCUCUUGACCGGUUUCAAGCCUCCAACGCCAAAGUAUACACAUUUGAGGCUGGUAUGUCAAACCAAGAACGUGCUUUCGUGCAUGAUUUAUGCAGAAGACGGGGUAUGAAAUCCAAGAGUUCCGGGCGCGGGAAUCAACGGUGUGUUGCUGUUUUCAAAAAUAAAAAGAAGGCGGAAGACAACAAAGAAUUGGAGGGCGUCACUUCUCUGUCAUUUUCCAAGGAAGCAGAAUUGGUAUUGCAGGAUCUAUUUACGCGUUUUCCGCCUGAGGAGGGGGAAGAGGGCCAAGCGACGGUUGGGGGAAUCAGUGGAAAGAUUCCUAACGUACAUCGGUGGAGAGAUGAUAUGUUCUGUAGGCCGUUAAUGAGCAAAGAACAAAUUGCAAAGAAGGUGGAAUCACUUGCUUCUAAAAUAAAGAAUGAUGCACAGUUGAGACAGGUUACUGCAGGGAGGUCUAAGCUUCCAAUAGCAGCCUUUAGGGAUGUGAUUACCUCAACGGUUGAAUCUAAUCAGGUAGUUCUUUUAUCUGGCGAAACUGGAUGUGGAAAGACUACACAGGUUCCACAAUUUCUUUUGGACUAUAUGUGGGCAAAGGGCAAGGCAUGUAAAAUAGUGUGUACACAACCUCGACGUCUCUCAGCCAUGUCAGUUGCUGAGCGAGUCUCUUAUGAAAGAGGAGAAGAAGUCGGGGAGAAUAUUGGAUACAAGGUUAGAUUAGAAAGUAAAGGAGGGAGGUCAUCAUCAAUUGUGUUCUGCACAAAUGGGCUUCUGCUGAGAGUUCUAGUUUCUAAAGGAGUCCACCUGGGUUCAAAUAAGAGACUACAACAGCGAGGCGUUCCUCAGAUGACUCACAUUAUUGUGGAUGAAAUCCAUGAAAGGGAUCGCUUCUCAGAUCUCAUGCUGGCUAUUAUCAGAGACAUGCUUCCUUCGUUCCCUUAUAUUCGCCUGAUAAUGAUGAGUGCAACUCUUGAUGCUGAACGCUUUUCGCAAUAUUUUGGUGGCUGCCCAAUAAUCCGAGUCCCUGGUUUCACAUAUCCUGUAAGAACAUUCUAUUUGGAGGAUGUACUUUCUAUCCUUAAAUUAAAGGGCAACAAUCACCUUGAUAGUAGUAUAUCACAUUUUGCACUCGAAGAGUCUGAGUUAUCGGUGGAAGAUAAGCUUGUUUUAGAUGAAGCUAUUAAUUUGGCUUGGUCAAAUGAUGUGUUUGAUCCUCUUCUAGAGUUGGUUUCUUCUGAAGGAACCAGAAAAGUGUAUAAUUACCAGCAUUCCUUGAGUGGUCUUACACCAUUAAUGGUGUUUGCUGGAAAGGGUAGAAUUGGAGAAGUAUGCACGCUCCUAUCUUUUGGUGCAGACUGCCAAUUACAGACCAAGGAGGGAUUAACUGCACUUGAGUUGGCUGAACGUGAAGACCAGAAAGAAACUGUUGACAUUUUAAAAAGACAUGCGGAACUUACUCUUUCCAACUCUGUGGCAGAAGAACAGUUACUUGAGAAAUAUCUUGCAGAAAUGAAUCAGGAUAUAGUUGAUGUUGUUCUUAUAGAACAAUUAUUAAUGAAAAUUUGUACUGAUUCAACGGAUGGGGCUGUUCUUAUUUUCCUCCCAGGGUGGGAUGAAAUAAAUAAAAUCCGUGACAGGUUACUUAUGAACCCUUUAUUCAAAGAUACUUUAAAAUUUAAUGUAUUAGCUCUUCAUUCCAUGAUUCCAUCCAUAGAGCAAAAGAAGGUUUUCGACCGCCCACCUUCUGGUUGCCGCAAAAUUGUUCUGUCAACCAAUAUUGCUGAAACUGCCGUAACAAUUGAUGAUGUCGUUUAUGUCAUAGACAGUGGUCGGAUGAAAGAAAAAAACUAUGAUCCUUAUAACAAUGUAUCAACUCUUCAAUCGUCUUGGGUCUCAAAGGCCAGUGCCAGGCAGAGAGAGGGACGUGCAGGUCGCUGUCAGCCUGGAAUCUGUUAUCACCUUUUCUCCAAACUUCGAGCAGCUUCUUUGCCAGAUUUCCAAGUUCCUGAAAUUAGGAGGAUGCCGGUUGAGGAAAUUUGUCUGCAGGUGAAAAUGCUUGAUCCAGAUUGUAAGGUAGAAGAUUUCUUGCAGAAGACAUUAGAUCCUCCAGUUAUUGAGACCAUACGAAAUGCAAUCGUUGUUCUUCAAGACAUUGGGGCUUUGACACCUGAAGGAAAUCUUACGGAGCUUGGAGAGAAGCUAGGUUCUCUCCCUGUUCAUCCAGUCACAAGCAAGAUGAUUUUCUUUGCCAUAUUGAUGAACUGUCUGGACCCUGCGUUGACUCUGGCAUGUGCUGCUGACUACAAGGACCCAUUUACUCUUCCCAUGUUACCUCAUGAAAGAAGCAAAGCUGAAGCCGCUAAAGCUGAGUUUGCCUCAUUAUAUGGAGGUCGUAGUGACCAACUAGCAGUGGUAGCCGCAUUUGAGUGCUGGAAGAAGGCAAAGGAAAGGGGCCAGGAGAAGGAUUUUUGUGCUCAGUAUUUUGUGUCUGCGAAAACAAUGCAAAUGUUGUCUCGUAUGCGGAAGCAGCUCCAGAAUGAGCUUAUACAAAAUGGGCUUAUUCCUGAGGAUGUCUCGCAUUGUAGCUUGAAUGCACGUGACCCGGGUAUACUCCAUGCUGUUGUCGUGGCUUGUUUGUAUCCAAUGGUGGGGAGAUUGGUUCCACCUAACAGGAGUGGGAAACGAAUAUUUGUAGAUACUUCUAAUUCUGUUAAAGUUAUUUUGCAUCCCAAGUCAUCUAGUUUUAAGUUAUCACUUGGGAAAACUGAUCGUCCCUUAGUUAUGUAUGAUGAAAUAACACGUGGAGAUAGUAGUACGUACAUUAGGAACUGUACGAUCGUCGGGCCGCUGCCACUGCUAUUGCUUUCAACAGAAAUUGCUGCUGCCUCAGCUUUGGAUGAUGACGAGGGUGAUGAUGAAAGUGGAGAAGAUGUGACAGACAUUGAUAAAAAGUCAGGUGGAGCUCAUGAAGACAAAAUUAUGUCAUUACCUGAGAAUCUGGUUAAUGUCGUAGUGGACCGGUGGCUUUAUUUUAGGUCAACAGCACUUGCUGUUGCUCAGAUUUACUUGUUGAGGGAACGUUUAUCGGCAGCAAUCUUGUUCACAGUUAAACAUCCACAGGAAGUUUUGCCUCCUGUUCUUUGGACCUCAGUAUAUGCUAUAGCAUGCAUCCUAUCUUUUGAUGGUCUCUCUGGUGUCUCACUGCCCACAGAACCAGUGGAUUCACUAACUUCAAUGGUAAAUGCUACUGAGAUUGACAAGUCUAUACUGGAAAAGGGUUUGCCGCCACAGAACACGGACAACUUCCUCAGAACACUUUUUAUGGACACCCAUUCCCAUGACCAUAACAAUAACAAUAGAACAUCUACCUUUCGGGGAGCAUCAAAUGCAAGAAACCUGCUAAAUUCCAACAAGAAUGGUACCGGCAUCCUUGGAUCAUACGGUCAGGAGGGAGGUUCGCCAUACAAUCGAAAGGGUGAUUUACAUAAGCGGCAGCGAGGGAAUGGCGCCAGGACAUAUAGGGGAAACAAGCGCCGCACCGUUUUUGCUAAACCUUUUCAGAUUCCAGUGCUUUUGUUUUUGGAUUUUUGCUCCUUUUCUUAGGAUACAAGAAAUAUUCUGGGAAAGAAAAUAGUUACUUUCGGUACGACAUGGUCUGUUUUUAAAUGAUGAGGAAGUUUCAGAUGCUAUAUAAAUGAAACUUAUACUUGCCCUAUAGAUGCAAUGUCUUGAGGCUUGA